AGAACCAGGAAGUCACUCCCACAUUCUCUGUCGAGCAGUUUCAGAGAAACGAAACUUAACUCUGUCUUUACCAGUGUGAGCGGUAAAAUAGCAGCGGCCAUUAUUUGGGUGGGUCUGCCCAGAACCAGGAAAUAUCUCCUGCUCAUUCUCAUACAGAUUCAGAGAAACUACACUGCAUUCUGGACUACAACUAAUCUCUCUCAAUAUGAGCAGUAAAAUGGCACAGGCUGUAGGUCUUCUGGAUCAGGAGCAGUUCAGCUGCACGAUCUGUCUGGAUCUGCUUAAGGAUCCAGCGACUAUUCCCUGUGGACAUAAUUACUGCAUGGGCUGCAUUAAGGGCUGCUGGGAUCAGGAUGAUCAUACUGGUGUCUACAGCUGUCCCCAGUGCAGAGAAACUUUCACCCCAAGGCCUGUUCUGAAGAAAAACACCUUGCUAGAUGAAGUGGUGGAGAAACUGAAAAAGACAGGACUCCAAGCUGCUCCUCCUGCUCACUGUUAUGCUGGAUCUGGAGACGUGGUGUGUGAUGUCUGCAUUGAGAGAAAGCACAAAGCUGUCAAGUCCUGUCUGAUGUGUCUGGCCUCUUACUGCGAAACUCACCUCCAGCUUCACUAUGAAUCUCCUGCUCUCAAGAAGCAUAAUUUAGUCAAAGCCACUGGAAAUCUGCAGGAGAAGAUUUGCUCUCAUCAUGACAAACUGCUGGAGAUUUACUGUCGUACCGAUCAGCAGUUUAUCUGUUAUCUGUGUACAAUUGAAGAUCACAAAGGCCAUGAAACAGUCUCAGUUGCAACAGAAAGGACUGAGAAACAGAAGCAGCUGGGGGCGACACAGAGUAAAUUCCAGCAGAGAAUCCAGGAGAGAGAGAACGAGCUGAGGGAUCUGAGAAGGGCUGUGCAGUCACUCAAGCGCUCUGCACAGGCAGCAGUGGAGGACAGUGAGCGGAUCUUCACUGAGCUGAUCCGCUCCAUUGAAAGAAGGUGCUCUGAGGUGAAAGAGCUGAUCAGAGAUCAGGAAAUGGCUGAAGUGAGUCGGGCUGAAGGACUCCUGGAGCGACUGGAGCAGGAGAUUGUUGAGCUGAAGAAGAAAGAUGGUGAGCUGGAGCAGCUUUCACACACGGAAGAUCACAUCCAUUUCCUCCAGAUCUCAAAGUCUCUGUAUGUCCCUCCUGGACCUGGAGACUUGCCCAGCAUCACUGUCAGUCCACACAUCUCCUUUGAGGCUGUGAGGAAACGUGUCUCUGAGCUGAAAGAGCGACUGGAGGACGUCUGCAAGAAUGAAAUGUCUAAGAUCUGCAAGGCAUGCAGAGCAAUGGGCAUUUAUGGCUGCUCUACUGAGACCAAAGAGCCUUCAGAAGCCAGAGGCAGAGCAGCUGAAGUGGAGACCUGUCCCCUCUGCAUGAAGCCCUUGCAGAACAAGCUGAGGCUGAUAUGUACUCAUGCCUUCUGUGAAGCCUGUCUGCGUAGCACUAUAUCUCUUGUGGGUCGUCAGUGUCCAGUGUGUCUAACAGCACUCACAGUGGUGGGAGACCAGCCAGAGGGACAGAUGACCAUGAAACAUAUGAAAGACUUCUUUGGAAAAGAAUGUAUCUGUAUUACCUACAAUAUUCCCAGUGGAAUACAGACGGAGGCCCAUCCCAACCCAGGGAAGCCCUUUACUGGAAUCCAAACACAGGCCUGGUUACCAGGAGAGUUAUGGGGCCUGUUUGGCAAGGAUGUGCUGAAGCUGCUGGAAAGAGCCUUUGACCAGAAGUUGGUUUUUACUGUGGAUGUAACCGAUGGAGCUGAAGACAGAGUCGUCUUCACUAACAUCCCCCGUGCAAGAUACUUGAAUGAGUGCAGCGAUUGUAAUUUUCUGGGCACAGUAAAGGCGGCACUCAACUUCAGAGGCAUUGAAUGAUUGGAUGAAUAGAGACAUCAGACCCACCCACUCAGUACAGCACCACCAAAUGGACGAGAAGAGAAACACUCAGAAAAACACCACAUUUACAAAGAGACCAAUAUGGACAGACAUUUAAAACCAAAUAUGAGCCAGUCUGUUGCCUUUUGUCCUCUCUGGCUUUACAGAAUUUUUUUUGUAAAAUCACAUGACUCUUAUUUGUCCUAUUUUUAUCAAGUAUGUUAAAUAUGUUAUCCAUGUAAGAUAUGUAAGAUUCUAGUAUGGUCAGACCAUCCAACAUUGUUUUGGAACUUAUACAUUUCAAAACGUAUGAAUAUAGAAAAACUACAUUUAGAACAUAUCUUCAACAUACCAGUGACCAAUAGGUUGUAAAAAGUAGGAAUAAAAAAUGUUCAAAAUCAAGCAAAAAUAAAAUUUAAAAAUCUGUUACUGAAACUUUAAUACUAACAGGCAAAUUAAUCAUUACUUGUUAAUUAUUAUUUAAUAUUGAGGGGCAUUCCAUGUCAUUUAUCACAGAAAGUGAGUUUUAACACCCACAAUCUCAGGUAUUUCCUGUCAUUAGGAACAGAUAAAAUAAGCAUUCAUGUAACAUUAUUUUGUAGUCAUAUAAAUUGACUUGUGUGCUAAUUGAGGCACUCAAAUUGGGUUUUUUUUUUUUUUUUUUUUUUUGCAUGGUUCACAUAAUAUUCUGUAAAUAAAGAACGCAACAUUCAAUUUGUACCAA